UCAGCAUGACCGAGCGCAAAAAAUAACUUUGACUGAAUCUUGUGAUUUCCACUGUUGAAGUCCUGUUUUUUUCCGGUUCUCCGUUUUAUCUUCUGUUUUCUCCUUAUCGAUAUUAAUUUAUUUAUCGAACUCGCUGCUAAGCAUCAGUCCUCUGAAAUUCCCUGCGUACCCAGUUUAUUCCACGUUAACGUAGCGCUUGUUUACUGUGAUUUCGAAACGUCGAUUUCCUUAUACAGCAUAACAGGCUUACACUGCCUUACAGCACACACAUGUUUCGAAACGAUAUCUGGCGCUACGGCGCCGUCGACGUGAAAGACGCCAAUGGACUGGUGCGCCACGGCAUGGUCAUCGACGUUCACCGCCCCCACGGCCUCAUCGUCGAUUUCGGCUACCCCGCGCACCACGCCGACCUCAUCCCCUUCGCCAGCUUCGUCCAGGGCCGUCUGCCCGCGGGGCAGCCGCCCCCGGGGGUGGGCGGCCCGGCGCAGGUCCUCUACCAGUUGAGUGCCCACCACCCCUGGUGCUGGCACCCCGCCACCCUCCUGGCGGGGGGCGCGGAGUACGCCUACGCCUUUGUGGAGAUCCGUCUGGAAGAGGGGAGCACGGUGCGGGAUGUGGUGGGGUGGGGGCGGGUGCAGGCCCCGGGGGGUAUGCCGGCGUGGGGCUGGGAGAAGGACAGCAGUACGAUGCCGUUUAAGAGGUGCUGCGUGGAUCUGGGCCGGGCGGGGGAUCCGCAUCCGGCUAUGGACGCGCUGAUGCGGCGGGCGGAUUUCGCGCAGGAAUGGCAGCGGGUGACGGAGACGAUCGUGGUGCGGGUGGUGGGGCGGCAGGUGACGUGUUUGGCUACUUCGGUGGAAAUACCGCGAUUAAUUACAGAGGAGACAUUUCUCACGCGUAUGGGGAUUUUGAACCUGGAGCGUGGACGAAAGCGUGGUCGGAAUGGAGAAUGUGAUUGUCGCAGUAAACGACGGAAGGGUGCAUCAUCUCCACGUGUUGUGCGACACAGUACCACCUGCCUGCCGACGACGGAACCGACUCAGGAGCAAACUACGGCCACACCGGCCGACACAACCGGGAAAUGCUACAUCCGCCGGCUCCCGGUGGAGCUGUUGUCCCGCAUCUUCACCUUCCUGGACGUCAACGAACGCGCCGCUGCCAGCGCCACCUGCUACACCUGGAACAGCGUCAUUAAGUCGCCGCAGUUGGCCCGGCGUCUGGAGAUCGACGCCAACAAAUGCAGCGGCGCGAUGCUGGCCCACGUGAUGCAUGCCCUAGUGACGCCUUCCACGAAGACUCUGGUCGUCACCAAUCUGCACACGGAGCGGGGAUGGUUCUCCUGUCCGCUGCAUAUCAUGGCGGAUAUCCUGCACGCCAAGAAGAUGAAACUACCCCGAAUUAUUGUGGCCCGUUCGCGGAUUUACCUGCGUUUUGCGCUGGGCUCGGAGCGCUGGCGUCCGGAGAUGGCGACGCGGUGGGCGGCGGUCUGUGAUAACUUGGUCCUGGAGGAUGUGACGGUGGCGCUGUCGUGGCUGGACAGUAAGAGUCUGUUGACGGUGGAUAUGCUGGAUGAUUUUCAGUGGAUGAUGGAUCUCUGGGUGAUCACGAACCACCGCAUCCGCCACAAAAUUAUCAACACGCAAACGAAGAAUCGCCUGGCCGUGGCGGACAUUGUCGACACUGCGAAAUUAGAAGCGCAACCACUGACAACAAAUCUGCACACAGAACAACGAAGAAAAAUUAAAACUAAAAAUGGAUAAGCGAGUAUUUCACCACGUACGUUCGACGGCCAACGUAAUCAUCC